AUGAAUUCAAAUUUUUCUAAACCAUACGAUGGUGUCUUGGGUCUGAGCUAUUCCAAUAUGUCGUCUGAUAGAAUAACGCCUGUCUUCGACAACAUAAUUAAUCAAAGUCUAGUGUCAUCACGCAUUUUCAGUUUUUAUCUAAACAGAGACACUUCAGCCGAUUUAGGUGGUGAAUUGAUAUUGGGUGGUUCCGAUCCUGCUUAUUACGAAGGGGAUUUCACAUAUAUUCCUGUUACUCACAAAGGAUACUGGCAAAUUAGCAUUGAUAGGAUCAAAAUAAAAUCUGAUAAUCUGUGCGAGGAAAGCUGCCAAGCUAUCGUUGAUACAGGCUCUUCGUUAAUAUUAGGACCAAAAUUGGAUAUCGCAAAGAUUAAUACAUUUAUUGGAGGUGAUAAACGUAAAAGACAUCCAAAUAAUGAAAGUAUAUGUGUAACCGUCUUCGCGAAACAUCACCUAACAUAUGACAAUGAAAUAAAAUGGGUUCUGGGCAUGCCAUUUAUUGGUCGUUACUAUACCGAGUUUGAUAUGGAGGGAGACAGAGUGGGAUUUGCUUUGGCGAAAAGUUCAUCAAAAUCAAUACUUCAUCGUGAAAGUAGUUGA